UGUUACCGCGAGCUUGUUCCGGUAUCGGGGCUAGAUUGUGCGGAUAGGGCUGCGAUCGGGGCGCAGCUCCCAGCCUCUCUCUCUCUCUCUCUCUCUCUAUCCAUCCGUGUGUGUGUGUCUCUCUAUCCGUGUGUGUUUGUGCGUCGCCCGUUGAAACGCACCGCCAAACCCCCCUCAAAAAAAGGAAAAAGACGCCUUUCCGAUAAUGGACUUUACAACUUGAUUAUUCUCCAGUCGCCGCGUCACGGGAUUAUUUCGCCGUCGGGUUUUGCUGACCGGACGAGUCUGUUGUAUCUGCUCCCCGCUGCGGCGCUUUGCGAGCGGACGGGGCGGCCGGCGAGCUCCGCGGGUUCUGAGUUCUGCCGGAUCUGCGGCGGCAGAAGCUACGCUAACGUGCUAAGUUAGCUUCGUCUCGACGGGGAGGAGGAAAAAAAGAAAAAGAAUCAAGCUAGCUAGCUAGCUAGCUAACAUCGCGGGCUAACAUCUGCUAGCCGGCUAACUGGCUGGUCAAAUUCGAUUUUCUCGCCGGCCAUGUGAUUCGUUUACGCGGCGUUGCCCUCCCUCCCUCCUUCCCCCCCUUUUAUGUUUGUUUACUUCGUUUCGGAUAGCUUUGUCGGAAAGAUUUGUUUUGUUUGAUUCGCUUUGCGCAGACUGGAAAGGUGGCUACUCGCCGGGGGUGGGGGGGAGGAGAGAGAGAUAACUUUUGGCCUGAAAGUUUUGAAGAGCCCUCGCUCGAUUUCAGAUCCGAAAGGAAACGGUACUGCGACAAGACGGAGGAAGCGGCGGUACCGAGCUAUGACACCCACACCGGAUAACGAACUGCUGUAGGUGUCGAUGACAUUCGCGGGGGGGGGGGCGCUUCCUCGGACCGCUGUUAUUGGGAGCUAGCAUGCUAACCGCUUAAAGCGAACGUCGUCUGGCUAACUCCGACCGCCGACCCAACUUUUCUUGGCGCUAGCGGCCCCGUUAGCUAGUUGACCCGAAACGUCAUUAGCUUAGCCCCCGUAGCUCGCUAGCCCAUUUCCCACGGUGCUACGGUCCUGCCAGUCCGAGAAGCGGUCGUUCUCACGCGCUGGCAGGAUUUCUGAAGACUUCUUCUUCUUCUGCUCUUUUUCCCCCCCCAGCUCAGUUUACCCUUCUGCGCUCUUAACAAAUAUGGGACCUACGACCGCUGCUAGCUAGUCGCUAGCUAGCCGGCCGACUAAGCUAGCCGCCGAUGUGGGAUUCAACUUGUUGAUUUACGGGUUAACUGUCGUCCUGGUAGCCGGCUAGCGUUGGGCAACUACUGGAAAUCCACCCCGGCUCUCGGCUGCGGAGAAAGGACCACCGUUUUCACGACUUUAAACGCUCAAUAGACGUUAAGGGCUUUUCACAUUCUUCCCAUCCCCCAUUUUUUUUUUGGCGAUUCUUAAUCCAUUAAAAAUGUCAACAAGGAUCCCACUGGUGCAAGUAAUCGAAAAUUCGACCGGACAGGACUCCAAGUCGUCCUCUGGCCGUGCCAGCAUGUCACGCUGUCGGAACUCCGUUGCCACGACAGCGGACGACCAGCCCCACAUCGGUAACUAUCGGCUCCUGAAGACCAUCGGCAAGGGCAACUUUGCCAAGGUCAAACUGGCACGGCAUGUCCUCACCGGCAAAGAGGUGGCUGUAAAAAUCAUUGAUAAGACACAGCUCAACUCCUCUAGUUUGCAAAAGCUCUUCCGGGAGGUGAGGAUCAUGAAGCUGUUGAAUCACCCCAACAUAGUCAAGUUGUUUGAAGUGAUAGAGACAGAGAAGACUUUGUACCUCGUAAUGGAGUAUGCCAGUGGAGGGGAGGUCUUUGACUACCUGGUUGCCCAUGGCAGGAUGAAGGAGAAGGAGGCCCGUGCCAAAUUCAGACAGAUAGUGUCAGCGGUGCAGUAUUGCCAUCAGAAGUGUAUAGUACACAGAGACCUCAAGGCUGAGAACCUGCUAUUGGACGCAGACAUGAACAUCAAGAUAGCCGACUUUGGCUUCAGCAACGAGUUCACACUGGGGAACAAGUUGGACACAUUCUGCGGCUCCCCGCCCUACGCCGCCCCAGAGCUCUUCCAAGGCAAAAAGUAUGAUGGGCCUGAGGUGGACGUCUGGAGCCUGGGGGUGAUCCUCUACACACUGGUCAGCGGGUCACUUCCCUUUGACGGGCAGAACCUCAAGGAACUGAGAGAACGCGUGCUACGUGGUAAAUACAGAAUUCCCUUCUACAUGUCCACUGACUGCGAGAACCUGCUCAAGAAGUUCCUUAUCCUUAACCCCUCCAAAAGAGGCAGUCUUGAGCAGCAGAUAAUGAGGGACAGGUGGAUGAAUGUUGGACACGAAGAGGAAGAACUUAAACCUUACAUUGAACCCCAACCAGACUACAAGGACCCUAAGAGGACAGACAUCAUGCUGCAGAUGGGCUUUUCUCAGGAAGAGAUCCAGGACUCUCUGGUGAGCCAGAAAUACAAUGAUGUGAUGGCCACAUAUCUGCUGCUGGAUUAUAGGAACUCUGAGCUGGAUGAAGGUUCAAUCAAGCCCCGCCCAGGAAGUGAUGUAAGCAACAUAACUGCCCCCUCCCCACCUCACAAGGUACAGCGCAGUGUGUCGUCCAACCAGAAGCCCCGCAGAGCGAACGAUCAGGGCACCUCCUACUCUAAGAGGGGGGGUCAGGUCGACAACCGGAGCACAGCAGUGGAGGAUUCUGGCAGGAAGGGUUCCUCGGGGAGCUCCACCACGAAGGUGCCGGCAAGCCCGCUGGUCUCUUCUGACCGCAAGAAGAGCGCUACACCCUCCACUAAUAGUAUCCUGUCUACGGGUACAGGUCGCAGCAGGAACUCUCCUAUUACCGAGAGAGCCACGCUGGGACAGGGCGUCCAGAAUGGCAAGGACAGCCUAAACACUCCGGGCUCCCGUGCCUCCACCGCCUCGGCCGCUGCCGUCCUCUCCUCCUCCUCCUCCUCUUCCUCGCGUCCCCGACACCACAAGUCCCUGUCCUCCUCCAACCAUCCAUGCCCCUCUGACCUGCACGCACCACGGUCCAGUGCCCCAACCCAACGGGCACCAGGUGCCUCACCGUCGGCCCACAACAUCAGCAGCAGUGCCGGCGUGACGGACCGCACCAACUUCUCCCGGGGCGUGGGGAUCCGCAGCACCUUCCACGCGGGCCAGCAGCGGGGGGCCCGGGACCAGCAGGGCUCCGCCUACCCCGGCGGGCCUGCCUCCCCGUCACUGUCGCACGGCAACAGUCAGGCCCGGCGGACGCACGGCGCCACGGGGAUCUUCAGCAAGUUCACCUCCAAGUUCGUACGCAGAAAUCUCUCGUUCAGGUUUCCGAGAAGGAGUCCGUAUGAGGGAGAGGGUCGGGAUGAGGGGAGCAGGUCUAUGUUGAGCAGCACAGUGGACAAAUCAGAGAAGACGUCCGGCGGUGUCCUGUCUUCCUCCUCAAACAAUGACGAGAACAACUCCUCGCCCGGCUCCGGUAACACUGGUGGUACCGGCACACCCCCGGCGAUCGCGGGCCAGAAGGACUCAUCCAAGCCGCGCUCGCUGCGCUUCACCUGGUCCAUGAAGACCACAUCGUCUAUGGAGCCCGCCGAGAUGAUGCGCGAGAUCCGCAAGGUGCUCGACUCCAACAGCUGCGAGUAUGAGCUGCGUGAGCGCUACAUGCUGCUGUGCAUGUCGGGCAACCCAGCGCGCGAAGACUUCGUCCAGUGGGAGAUGGAGGUGUGCAAGCUGCCGCGCCUCUCCCUCAACGGCGUGCGCUUCAAGCGCAUCUCCGGCACGUCCAUCGCCUUCAAGAACAUCGCCUCCAAAAUUGCCAACGAGCUCAAACUGUGAGCGGUGUUCUUUAUAGAGGGAGAGGUGAGAAGAGGGGAUGAGAGGAGAUUGAGGUGAAAGAAA